UUUCAAAGAGAAUUCACUUCAGUGCAAAAAACAUGGAAGCAUUAAUAAAACAAUGUAAAGACAAUGGUGAUCCGUCACAAAAAAACUUUGAUCAACUGUCUGUCGGAAGACAUACAGUUAAAAAAUUUUCGUAUGUUCAAACUGAUUAUGGUAAAAAAGUGCGCGUCGAUUUAGGUAAAUGUCACAUGUUUUUGCCCGAUCGUUUUUCCCUAAAUCCGUCGCAAAUUAAGGAUUUAAAUCGUUUGCCGAAAGUCGUUAUGAUCUAUGGCGGAAAAGAUAAGGAUCGUGGAGGUCGACUCAUACUCAACUUUGAGGAGGAUAAAAAAGAAAUGGUAUCAAAAAAAAGAAAGACUCCAGCUGCAUCCAAUGAUGAAUUUAAAAAAAAGACAAAAAAGAAUGCGCCAUCAAAAACGGAAAAAAAGAAGAAGAAUCAUGCAUCUAAUAAAGAAGUCGACGAAAAUAAGAAGAAGAAGAAGGUGCAAGUUCGCUCCGAAGAAGAACAAUCCGAACUCGAGUCAAGUGAAGACGAUUCUAGUGACGAAAGAGACUCUUCAAGCGCUGAAGAAUAAAUAAAUCAAAUACCAUUUUUAA